GAAAAAUCAAGUGGCCCCGAUCUCGACUUCCGAAUCACUCUGCGUCACUAAACUUAUUGUCGACACCGCAAUCACUCUACAAAAUGGCUUCUGUUAUGGCUAUAGGUGCUGGCGCUGCCGUCGCGGCCUUUUUGGGCCGAGCUGGUCUUGUCGCAUGGAGGCGAUCCCGAGGCGGCGUUGGAGCCAUGGGCAAGGCUUUCUACAAGGGCGGUUUCGAGCCCAAGAUGACCAAGAAGGAGGCUACUCUCAUCCUGUCUCUCAACGAGCGAGCUGUUACCAAGGAUAAGGUCCGAAAGGCUCACCGAACUCUCAUGCUUCUUAACCAUCCCGAUCGAGGCGGCAGCCCCUACCUUGCGACCAAAGUAAACGAGGCCAAAGAGUUCUUGGACAAAAACAGUUGAUUACGAUCAUGAAAACUACUCCCCCAAGUCCAGUAUUCGGGUCACGAACCAGUUACCAAAGACGUUAUCAGAAUCAUCAAUGACUGGGUCUAAGCGUGGGUGUCUGGCCGCGUGUGUAUAUUGUACACUACUUGUUUCCAUAGCGAUGGCGUUUGUUGGGUUUAGAGGAAGCUCUUUAGAGCCAGGUGAAGGUAUAUGCCGUUGUUAAAAGCUAUCAAGGCUCGACGCUGUAUGAAUAAAGGGUCCUAAAGACCCGUUCUCUUCUCACUCCAGUUUUGUUCUAGUGGUACUUGACAUAAGUCUCGAAAUGUCAUCUACCCCCUUUCAGGUCCUAUUUCGUUCUGGGAAUUGCCAAGUUGAUCAUCUGGAGCAUUUUCUGGCUGCAUGUCUUCCAUCUCUCCUAGCUCCGAAAAUAUCCUUCAGUCCACCUUGCUGAGCAUCUGAUUGCUCAACUCCUCUUCCUUCCGAAUGUCUUCCAGUGCAAUACCAAGCAUGGCACAGAGUGUGUAGUGCGCGUCGUUUCCUGCAUUGUGCAGGUGCCUAUGGGCAAUAUCAAGAUCGUUCAGUACGGUACUGAGAUUUCGACCAUUGGUUGAACCACGCCAGGCUUGGUGAAUGUCCUGAGUGUCCACCGGUUCUGCCAGCCCUCCAAGGAAUCGUAGGUCCAAGCCCAGUUCGGUGAAGUAGGCGAUGUCCUGUUUCACAUCAUGUCCGACGACGACGAUGUUCCGCUGAUCAUUAAGCCACGGGUUGAAAAUUUCCAUGAUGGAGUCUGCAACCGUU